AUGGAGGACACGGAAGACGCAUCCAAUGCCAAGUUUGUGAAUGCCUCUGAUACGGGAGAGAUCCCCUCUUUCAAUGGCGAUGAGAAGGCCAAAGCAACGGAUUUUGCCAAUUAUUUCUGCAGCUAUGCGCAACUGUACCAUCAGAAGCAAAUGCUGGCGGACCACAACCGCAUGGCAGCCUACCAUUCUGCCAUUUUGGGAAAUUCAUCUGUUUUCAAAGACAAGGUUGUGAUGGAUGUGGGAACUGGAAGUGGAAUCCUAGCUGUUUGGGCGGCUCAAGCCGGGGCACGAAAAGUCUAUGCAGUCGAAUAUACCGACAUGGCCAAGUAUGCCAAGCGAGUCAUGACAGCGAACGGAGUCGAUAAUGUCGUCACUGUCAUUCAGGGUGCCGUGGAGGACAUUGAACUGCCAAUGGAAGAAGAUGGUCUGGAUCCAGAGGGUCCCGUGGAUAUCAUGAUCAGCGAGUGGAUGGGAUAUUUUUUGCUGCGAGAAAGUAUGAUGGACUCUGUGAUUCGCGCACGUGACAAAUUCUUGAACAAGAAAACAGGUCUGAUGUUUCCCAGUCACUGUUCCAUGUUUGUGGCUCCCGUCAGAGAUGAAGAUGAUCGAAAGCAAAACAACAACGAAUACGCCGGUGCCAUGUCGGACUGGCACGACUUUGCCGAAACGACUCGAAACAUGUACGGAGUCGAUAUGGAUAUCCUUGAGAAGGACUUUGAUAGGGAACAAAAGGAGUAUUACUUACUUUCCAGUCGCUGGACCGAACUGCAACCAGAGGUGCUCUUAGCGGAACCCAAAAUGAUCAAGCAAUUUGACAUGGCCACUUGCACUCUGGAGGAAGCACGUGGAAUUACCGCGGGCGAACCAGACGCUGUGUUUUGUUUUGAUAUCAAUGGCACGCGGAAUCUUGGCCCCGUGAGUGCUAUCGCAGGAUGGUUCACCUCUGAUUUUAGGUCUCGAACAGAUGAGCACGCUGCAAUUGCUCCCAAAAUUGAGAAUCCAUCCUUCCUGAGCACUGGACCAGAACAGGGGUACACUCACUGGGGUCAACAGACCUUUUACUUGUUGUCGCCUCUUCCUCUUUUGAAAGGAGAGAUUACUCGUUUGGAAGGGAGCAUUGAAAUGACAAGGACGAAGGAAAAUGCACGUCUCUACAAUUGCAAGUUCAAAAUUCAGAAUUCACGAAGGAGACUUGGCCAGGAGGAUGGUCAAGUGCUCAUGAAAAGCCCUGUGCAGGAAAAUGUUUAUCAGAUUCCAUAG